AUGCCCGACUCUCCGGAAACUCCUGACGCUACACACCCCCUCAAUGCAGAAGAGCUUGAACCUGGGCUGCUGUACGCCGUGCUGACCUAUCGGGGUGAGCUCGCAUCCUGGAAUUGGGCAUUCUUCGUGCCCAAUCCCGCAGUGUCGCCGAUCGGUGCUGCUGGGACGAUGUUCCAUGUCGUGGACACGGAUUCGGUGGGUUUAUGGAAGUUUGAGGUAGAGAAGCAGGGUGUCAUAUCCUCUCCGCUGGUAGUAGCCAUCAUGCGCCUGGCUGAUGUCGGAUUCUUGGGAGGUUACGACGAUGUCGUGGGCAAGGACAGUCUGCUGCCGAUGUUCAAGACGGUGGCUAUUCCGACCCAGGCUUCGACCGAAUUCAGUUCCAGGACAUGGUUCCUUGAAGCGAUCUGCGUGUUACACGAUUGCGGAGUCGUGCAAUGCGACGAUGCUUGGCUGCUAGAGAGAGAGAUAAGGCGAUGUGCGUUUACGGCCAUGGACAAGUAUUUGGAGAAUAAAGGCUGGACCGCUUAUAGAGCUGAGCACUGCUCUUAA